AUGGGAAAAGGCAAGCAAGCAAAAGGCCAAAAGAAGAAGGCCAAGUCCUCUUCGAACGUUUUUUCGAUGUUCGAGCAGCCGCAGAUUCAAGAAUUCAAGGAAGCGUUCGGGAUGAUCGACGCAAAUCGAGAUGGGUUUAUCGACAAAGAGGAUCUCAGGUCCACUUAUGCUUCGUUAGGGGGGAAGAGUAAGGGCGUCAACCCCGGUCCCCAGCUCGGCAUACGUGACAUGGAUAUGAAAAAGCUGGAAGCGAUGAUGGAAGAAGCCAACGCCCAGAGUAUCAACUUUACCGCUUUUUUGAACAUGCUGGCGGAUAAACUUCACGGAACUGACCCGGAGGACGUGAUAGUCUCAGCUUUCAAGCUCUUUGAUCCGGACGGCAAGGGGGUUAUCUCAAAGCAAAAACUUGACGAGGUCUUGACGCAUACCGGGGAACGCUUCUCCGCCAAAGAACUUGAAAGUGUAUAUUCUUUCACAACUCCAGACGCUGAUGGCAUGGUCGACUACAAGUCCCUCUGCUACGUGAUCACCCACGGACAAGAAGAAGAAUAA